CAUUUUACCUCACCUUCAAUUACAGCAGCAUUCCACGAACCCAACUGCAUAGACGAAUUCACAGUCUUGCAUUGGACAUUAUGACCACACAGAUAUGACGAAUGUCUUUGUCCGAGGCAUACGCGAAGUCUCGAAGUUUGCGACCCUGCCUCCCCGAACCACUCCAGUGACACAAAGGCUUUCAUCAUACUGUGAUCGAAGCCUUAGAUAUCAUGUCCCAAGGCGGAUACAUUACUCCUCCGGGCAGACGAAUAGCUACACUACCUAUGCUCCACGAAGGACAAUCAGUUUGUCGGAGUCUUAUGGUAGAAGAGGUGGACUAGCGCAAUUGCUACCACACACACGCAGUGGUAAUCCUACAGCAGGGGAUAGUGGCUUCGCCGCGCAUACAGCGCCGCUGGGUCUACGGUUAGCAAGGAGAACCCCCGGGACGUGGUCGCAUGAUAGGUUCUCUUGGGUGCUGAGAAGGGGCUUCCACCAGUCACCGCGAGGCAGAGCAAAGCCAGAGAUAAAGAGAGAGCGAAUCGACCAACAAAAGGUGAACAAUGACAGUUCGAAGGCGGGAGAAGUGCCUCAAAAUGCGUCGAAACCUGAAUCAGGACAGCAUCAUUCCCAGAAUGAGCACUUCUACGACAGAAUACAUAUGCCGCAGUUCCAUCGACCGACAAAGGAAGAGCUGCUGGCUGCUGCGACCGGAUUCUGGUCUCGAUUGAAGGUUCGCUUUAAGUGGUUGACCAUCAAAAGCACCCGACCGUUUAACGUUGACGAAAUCGUCGGUUUCAUCUCAUGGAUUGCUCUAGGCCAUGUGAUCUGGAUUGUUGUCGGGACCACCACCUUCGUAUCACUCGCCAUAUUCGCCAUUAAUACCGUAUUCGCGCAGGAAACCUUGGCUGGCUGGAUCGGAAACUACUUGACUAAAUCUUCCGGUCUACAUGUUGUAUUCGAAUCAGCCAUCGUGCCGAAAUGGAGUGAUGGAGUCAUCACAUUCAAGAACGUAUUCGUAUCAAGAAGACCCGGCCAACGAAAGUCUCGCGUCACCAAGGGUUCCCCAGAAGCUGCUGCCCAAGCCUCCUCGAUUGAAGACCCAGUCCCACCAGACGAGCAGAACUACACACAAUUCGACAUUACCAUCGGCGAAAUCAACGUCACGUUAUCAUUCAGCAAAUGGUGGAAUUCCAAGGGCCCGCUGCAAAAUGUCGAGAUAAAGCAUAUUCGAGGUGUCGUCGACCGGACUCAUGUCUUCUGGACGGGCGAACAAAUUGACCCCAAGACCUACCGCCACGAGCACAAUCCAGGCGACUUCGAGAUCGAAUCAUUCAAAAUCGAAGACCUGCUCGUCACCGUCCUGCAACCGGAAGGUUUCCGCCCCUUUCCAGUGAGCAUCUAUAACGCCGACCUCCCUCGUCUCCGCAAACAAUGGCUUUUCUACGACUUCCUCUGCGCCAACAGCAUGACCGGCGAAUUCGACCGGUCAUUAUUCACCAUCCACCCUCGGCAGACUCACUCUUUUACUGGCGCCACCCUGCACGAGCCCAAUCCCAACGACCCGUCCAACGAGCCCUGGAAGAAGCAAUCCCGCAUUCGCAUCGACGGGAUGAACAUCGACCAUCUGAACCGAGGCGCCGUUGGCCCCUUGUCCUGGAUCCACGAAGGCAACGUCGACAUCGUCGCGGACGUGAUGAUCCCGAAUGACUGUGAAGAGUCCGUAAUGAAAGUCGUGACCGACUUCUACGAGCGCAUGGAAGCAGCGCUCACUUCGCGCAAACAUUUCGAACCGGCAACAGAGCGCGACGAUACAUCCGACGUUGAUACCGUCACAUACGGCGGUGUAUCUGUCGUCGAUCCGGCUUCGCCCGCGCCGAAGGCGGUCAGGGAGGAAGACAAGCGCUUUCUCGUCAUGGAUCUGAGGAUACACUUGAACGAUGUGCGCGCCGUGGUCCCCCUUUUCACGCGCGACCUGUCGUACAUCAACAAUGCGCUCAUCCGCCCUAUUGUGGCAUACAUCAAUUCGCGCCGAACGUUCAUUCCCAUAAAUUGUCGCGUGGUGAAACGCCUGUCCGAUUUCGACGGGAGUUGGACCGUGUUCGACUCGGGCCUUAUGGACGAUUUGUCGGCCGAAGUGUACGAUGCUUUUGCGAGCGAUGUCACGGACGAGCAGGCGCGGUUGAGGCGGUUCAAGAAAGUCGGCCUGUGGAGUUUGCAGUUGGCCGUGCAGGCUAUUUUCCUGGGCAUGGCGGGUAACAUUGCAUGAAUUCGUACCGGUGAGCGGGUGAACGACGGUUACGAAUGACAAAAAGCUCUUCUCUCUGCGAGUGAUCCGCAUGGGGUCACGGUUGUACAAGAAUUCCAUGGCGAAAUGGUUGGUGGCUUCAGGAGCAUGGAUAUAUUAUAUUGGCUGGCUAGGGAUUCAAUGCUGGAGGAGCCAUGAGCGUUUACGGCGUUAUGUGUGUCACAGUAAUAUAUGAAUAAAUAUGCUCCCUG